ACAACGUCAACAUGAAUUACCACAUCUAUUGUCUAUAUCUUGUACUUUUCAAAAAUCAAUAUUCAAAUUCUUUUUUCUUGUGACAACAGUUGGAUCUAUCCUGAAGAAUUCUGAAAUUUUAAGUGAUCAAACAAAAAAGUGAGAACAAUAACAUAUCCCUUCAACAGAAAAAAGGCCAAAAAGAAAUUUAAAAAGAAAAGAAAAGAAGAAAAGGGACUUGGGGAAAAUGUAAAGAAGAUUACCUCAGGGUAUUAACUGCCAAUUCAGUUUCAACGUAUAUUGGAGGGGAACUCUCACUCUGUGUAUAAUUGCAGAAAUAUUUGAGUCUCCAUCCAAUGAUAACUCUAAAGCUCCUCCCUCCAUUACCUUCACAAAACCCUUACUUCAACUCUGUCCACUCUAUAAACUUCAACCCUUUGUCUAAACCCCUUCAAUUCAACCAUACACUUUCCAGAUUCUUGUUAAAAUCGCCAAAGUGUCAAUCUUUCAAGCAGUCAGGCUAUAGAAAAUCUCAAUUUCAGAGCUUUAAAUGCAAUGGGGUUAAAGGUUCCAACGAAGAGACUAAUAAGGUUGUCUUGGACCACGGCGGCGGAGGAGGUGGUGAUGGUGAUGGUGGUGGUGGAGAUGAUGAAAAGGCGGAGAAGCAAAAUGGGUUUCUCCCAGAAUGGCUGGAUUUUAGUUCAGAUGAUGCAAAAACAGUUUUUGCAGCAUUGGCUAUAUCGCUUGCCUUUAGGUCCUUUGUGGCUGAGCCUAGAUAUAUUCCUUCUUUGUCUAUGUAUCCCACUUUCGAUGUUGGAGAUCGACUUGUUGCUGAAAAGGUCUCUUACUAUUUCAGAAAGCCAUGUCCCAACGACAUAGUUAUUUUUAAGAGUCCUCCAGUGCUUCAGGAAGUAGGAUACACUGAUGAAGAUGUCUUUAUUAAGCGGAUUGUUGCUAAGGGAGGUGAUCUUGUGGAGGUGAGCUCACAACAUACAAAACAGUUAUACUACUUCAUAGUGACAGAGCAAAUUAUAAGGUCGACAGCAAACCUGGGGCAGAUCUACCUCAUAUUUGAGUGUCGUGCGAAAAUGUGAAAAUUUCUCACUUAUUUAUACUGCUUCAAGAAUGUAAAUAUUAAAUAGACCAGACAUCUUUGCACUUGUCUUUUCUUUCGAAAGCCAAUUCUACCCUCGUCAACAGUCAGACCAGUCAUGAAAGUUAGGGCUGGUAUCUUUUGUCAAAAACCCCUGUAUCUUGUGUUUGGAAAGUGCAGGUCUUUCUCUGUUUCUAUUCUUGUGAUGGCAAUACCUAAGUGCCAUUGCCUCCAGCAUAUCUUGAUGUGUAGUUUGUGCCGUCACCGUAACAUGCGACCAAUAACACAUUGUUGAUAACUACUUUAUUUUGUAACAUUGAGAUGUUUUUCCAGUAUCCUCUCUUGCAGGAGAAUUCAUGGUCAAAUUUGUCUAACAAAGUUGGUUUACUGGUUUUAAGCGACAACAAAGUUUAUCCAGUCAGUGGCUUGUUUCGGUGAUGCUCUCUUUUGGUAUCUAUAUUACUCCCUGCAUCACCUUUUGAAUGUUCACCUUUGCUUUUCAUCUACCCCAAAGUAGUGCCUACU